AUGCUUGCGGGCGAACACCUCAACGAGACCAAAAUCGACCUCGGUGGGGGGCAAGGGGAGCCGGAUCAAAGUGUCCCGACACCUAAGGGACAGCCCUCAUCGCUGGAAGACCGGGACCCCAGAGGCAUCAAUGCCCACUUAAAGGUAAACUUUGAAGAUGUGAUUGCAGAGCCUGAUUCAGUGCAUAGUUUUGACAAAGUCUGGAUUUGGAGUGAUGCAUUGUUUGAAGUAUCUAAGUUAUGGUGCUAUCGAAUCAUCUCACUUAUAUUUGCUGUGCCAGUGUCUUUAAUCUCUGGACUCAUUUUCGCUCUUUUAAGUUGCCUGCAUAUCUGGUGUGUCAUGCCCUGCAUCAAGAACUUCGUGAUGAACAUGCCUUCCAUUCAGACCAUCUGGGGGAGUAUUGUGGACCUGAUCAUUUCCCCUUGCUGUGAGAGUAUGGGGAGAUGUUUCAGUGGCAUCAACCUACACAUAUCCCGCGAUUAA